GCUUGGGCUACAGCAUCGCAGCAAGACAAUGACUCACCGAGACAGCCUCUCGACAGCGCCCCACCCUUGCCUUCUCGCUAUCGCCUGCGGGAAGAGAAGUAUAGGCCAACGCAGUCGCAAGACCAGCGGAUGUUAGUCGACCUUACGACGGAUGAUACAGGCUUCCGAUGCUCCAGAUGCACGCAAAUUUUCAACUCCAGCGACAACUGCUUUGCAUUAAGCGGCUGCGGGUGUGUACCCUGCCAGGCCGACAGAAAGGAAAGAGACGGUGGGCCCUGUCCUUGCUGUAAGGAGCACGUUGAAGAUGUUUUACUACUGGAGUGGAAGCCACUCGGACUCGAGAGGAUGGUUGACGUAUCUGCAUUUUCUUGA